UCUGCUGGACACACUGCCCUCUAUGGAACCUACACCCUACUCGAGGCCACAGCCAACCGCAUAAUACACUUUGAAUUGGUCAAGGCAACUGAGGUAUCGAGCAGUAAUGCCAUGGAGAAGCACGGGUUACAGAGGUGCCUGGCAUUCCUUGAAUUGAAUGAUAUGGUCGUGGACACCCUUAUUACAGACCGACACACUGGAAUCAAGGCGAUGAUGAGGGACUGCUGCCCCCAGAUAAAACGUCGCUUGGAUGUGUGGCACGUUGUCAAAGGGGUAAAGAAGAAGCUAUUGGCACUCGGCCGCUCAGCAAGUCAUCAAGUGGUGAACUUGUGGGUUGAUAGCCUCGUUCGCCAUGCUUACUGGUGCCCAAAGGCGAGUGGAGGAGACGGCGACCUAUGUCUUGCAAAGUGGAUGUCGGCCCUCAACCACAUUGUGGACGUCCAUGAGCAUCAUGAUCCUGUCUACCCAGUUUGCUACCACGGUGCGACCUCGGAACCCCGUGAGUGGUUGAAGGAAGACAUUGAAACUUACAGGAAGGUCACAGACAUUAUUGCAGCACCUGCCCUGCUCAAGGACAUCCCUCAGCUGUCCUCACAAGACCAAACGUACGGUCUGGAAGCCUUCCACAGCGUCAUGCUGCACUUCACGCCAAAGACAUUUUCGUUCCAUGAUAAGGGAAUGCUAGCCAGGACACAACUGGCCGUACUUCACUAUAACGAAAAUGCCGACCGUGCACAAUUGGAAAAAGAGGGGUCCAAGCAGUACCGCCUGAAGACUUCAAAGGUUAAGAAGGCAUAGCUUGUGUACCUGUGAAGGAAGAUGCAACGUACGGCAUGUACCUGGCAGUGGUGCGUUGAACAAUAUGUGACGGCACUUACAGCAGAGGUGCUACGUCGCAUCAAACAGAAACAUGAAGAACCACCAGCAGUGGAAGCUCGCCCAGCACGGCCAGCCUCUUAAGGUGAAAGGCCAACAUUGGAAGAGGCUAUAGAACGUUUUCAAUCAAGGUUCCGGAAGUAAAUGUGGCUCCCUACUGGCUAUGAGACUUGACAGCAGACCUGGAUGCACCAGCCUUGUCUCCAACAAAAAAAAAAAAAAAAAAAAAAAAAAAAAAAAAACGGCCCUUUUCAGGGCCACCCAACUUUUGCCACAAGAGGAUUUGCCUUGCGUGCAGAUGACCCUUUCAGAGGAACAUUAUAGAAUAAUAGCCUUUUUGAUUGUUUACACACCGAGAACAUGAAAUAAUAUCGGUUUCUUUCCUUUCUUUCAAUAGUAGUCACCUGCAACACCAAGGAGCGUAACCACAGUGGGAGCCUACAAAAUGUAUCCUAACAAGGAAUAAAUGUCUACAUGCCA